AUGCAGUGGAAAUUGAUUUUAGGAAAUGCGCUGGACAAUAGUCUAAUUUUUCUUUCUGCCACUUCUUGUUAUUCAUUUCUAUUUCUUGAGCAGAAUCCCGCAAUCCCAAGGCAACUGCUACUUGAUGAUUUUCUUGAUGACAAUGAACUUUGCCACAUUGAACAAACCAACGAUGCAAAAGAUCCCUCGAAUCAUUCGAUCACAGAAGCUAUAUCUGGCUGUCACCUUAGCAUCCAAGCCUCCAAGACCCAUAUCAUAGACAAUUUAAUUGAGCAAGCAAGAAAACGACCUCCUACAGCUGACACCUCAACUGUUAGUCGUGCUGAAAGGGGCCUGUGUCCAGAAGCCAAAAGAACAGCGAUGUCAUUUGCGAAGGUGUUAGAGACCCGUGAAGAGGAGCAAAAGACGCAAGUGGGGCUUUGGGAUAAUUUGACCGAAGGCGAUAAUUUUACUCAGGUUUGUUUCGUCAAUCGGUCGUCAGGAGAACCCAGUGAUUCAUCCACCCUUAUGACUGAGAAUAGGUCGCCUGUCUUUUCAGCAACUUACCCCAAGGCCUCUACCACAGAAAGCCUUAGCGCCAUCUCCGCUGAGGCAGCGGACUCAUCUAACAAUCACAGCGCAGUUAAUUCUGCCAUUUCUGCUUUAAAUAUCACCAAGUCUUUUAUCUUGCCAUCUACCCGAAUCUGUCGUUCUCUCUUUCCCCAUCCGCAAGCUGAAUCCGUUGCAGAGAAAGUUACUCACGGCUAUCCGAUCUCGCCAAAAGUCGAUUGCAAAAAGCACGGAUCCGUUGGUCUCCUUGUACCUUCUUCGCCAGAAUCGGGUAGGCUGAAUUAUCCUUUUUUUCCUUAG